AUCAUCAUCAUCACCAGCACCACCAACACCAGCACCCGCACCACCACCACCACCACCACCAACACCACCAUCAUCAUCAUCAUCAUCAUUCCUCAUCAUCAUCAUUACUGAAAGAACUUUACGCAUAUUUUUGUCGUUGUUUUUAUUUAUUCAUUCAUUUAUUUAGAUCCAUAUAUUUUACUUUUGAUCAUUUACGGAUUUUCUGCCAUAAUUUAUGCAGGAUCAAGCGGCUAUCGCGAACGAUCGAGCUCGCUACGCUGGAUGCAUGCAGUGGUACUGUGCCGGUGGCCGUGGCCGCUCCGUCGCUGGCGCUUGGCGUCUCGUCGCGUAGGGCAACAAAAAUGGCGUCCACCAUAUCGGGUAAUUUCUGCGGCAGUGACACGAAUCAUUUGUCUGGAGAAGAGAAAUUUCCAGAAAUGACAGAGUUUAGCGGUUCAAGCGAUGAAGACAAGGCAUGCGCUAAGUUAUUUUGGCAAUCUGUGACCCUUCACCCACCAAUUGAAUCAAGGCUGGUAUCUGGAGACAUUAGACAGAGACUUCCAAAUGCUGGCCCAUUUUUGCAAGAUCCAAAUUAUGCUCACGCACCAGAACAAGAUGACCCAAAGUUGAGAGCGUUCCUUACUAAAGCCCAUGCACAGAUGGUCUAUGAAGAAAGUGAAAAUUUAACAAAACUGGCUAUCAAGAGGCAAGAGACAAGAAUGAUUCAUCAGAAAAGACAAGCUGAAAGAAAAGAGAAAGAGAAGAUUUCCCAUAGAACAAGGAAGCCCCUUGUACCAGAAGAUGACUAUGAGAUCCUUGAUGAUGAAGCCAUGAAUGCAAUGGAUGAACUUGACCAGUUUGACAAAACCCUUGAGGAAAGGAGCCAGAAAAACCUUGUGCUUUGACAAUAUGAACUUUAUGAACUUUACCAUGGACUUUGUCUUGAUCAGUGAAAUAUGAGGUUUAUGUUAACUUUGUUGAAAACCAUUUGGUCUAAGUUCCAUAUGAUCUUUCUAAAUUUGGGAUAGGCCGUUUGGCCCGGAUUCUGAAGACCAAUUAAACUUAGCCCAUGGUCUAACUGUGCUGAAAUUAUGGGAAGCCAAAAAAUGUCAAAAUUUUGUUUACAUUACAUGUUUCUUAUGUUCACUAUGCCUUUCAUCAUGCAAUGAUAGUGGAGAAUUCCCAGAAACUUUUGAUUGAUUAGAGUGGAAGAUGAGCUCAUAAAUCAAACCUGUAAUGUUAGAGAUUUGUGAAUCAAUUGGCUUUCCAUAGUUAACCAGUUUGAAUUAACAAGGGUUCAGAAUAUGGAUCAUGUAGUCUCAUUUGAAUUGGUCAAUUUGCCAGAAGAACUAAUGACUGCUUGGGCUAAUUAUUCCUUGGUCUAAUAAUGAUUUGGACUUUAUAGCUGAAGUGAAUAUUAAUCCAAGUAUGUUCGAACUCGAGGAAGUGAGCCACACAGAAUUUUAGUCCAUUAAAUCUUCUGGUGAAGCCCAUUAAUAAAUGCAUGUUGUUUAGGAAGACCAGUAGCAAUGAGCAAAGUCAAAGCUGAGAUUGGUUGCCAGCCAUAAUUUUACUUUUAUUUUGGUAAUUCUAAAAGUCGCAGAGCAUACACUUACAUGUAUGCCCGUAGGCAUUGCAAAGAGCUUUCUAAAUCACUUUGUUUGCUAACUCAAUCUCACAACAAAAACUUCUAUUUUAACUUAAUAUGUGGAAUUAACUAGAUAAUACUUAGUAGAUCUAAUAUAUUUUACUUUGUACAAAAUGAUGUAUGUAAAUAUGUAAUUGUAUAUUUAUGACUUUCUGAAAAUAAAAAAGAUAUUGUUUAUAUGUA